AUGGGCUCCGAAAGCCGUCCCCUCCAGACGAAAGGCAUCUUUCGCAACCUGCCCACGUUCGAUCCUUCGAUCAAGGGCAAAGUAGCCCUUGUCACCGGCGCCAAUGGCAUCUCAGGGUUCCAUACGAUGCGAGUCCUGCUGGAGAGCCCCGAGCGAUGGACCAAAGUAUGGGCAGCAAGCCGCCGACCUCCUCCGCCUGAAAUGCUCAACCUACUCCCGAAAGAGGCGCGUUCUCGAGUCGAACAUGUAGCUUGCGAUUUCCUUUCUUCGCCGGAAGAGAUCGCCAAGCAAUUCAAGGAGAAGGGUGUCACUGCUGAUGCAGUCUUUUUCUACUCCUAUGCCCAGCCACCUCCAAAGGGCUCGGCUUGGAGCAAUGCACAAGAGCUCUGUGAUGUCAAUUCCGCUCUGCUUGACAACUUCCUCGGCUCGCUCGACAUCGCAGGAAUCAAGCCCUCUCGAAUCCUCCUUCAGACCGGCGCGAAGAACUACAACAUUCACCAAGGACCGGCUCGUACACCUUUCGUUGAGAGUGCGCCCAGGGUCAACGUUGAGCCAAACUUCUACUAUCCCCAAGAAGAUUCGCUUUGGAAAUACUGUCAAGAUCAUGGCUCUGCAUGGAACGUCAUAUGUCCUGCGUGGAUUAUUGGGGCAGUCAACAACGCGGCCAUGAACGCCCUGCAUCCAUUCGCGGUGCUUGCGGCAGUGCAGGCUCACAAGGGAGAAAAGACCGAAUUCCCUGGGACAUACGAGAGUUGGCUGGCCAACACUGAGCACAGCACGGCGUAUCUCACUGGAUAUCUGUCUGAAUGGGCCGUGCUGGAAGACAAGUGCAAGAAUCAGAAGUUCAAUGCCUCUGAUGCCUGCCUUGUUGCGAACAAUCGCUUAUGGCCCGAAAUCGCGAGAUGGUAUGGCACAACGUCUGUGGAACAGCCAGAGCUCGACGAAUCCAAGAUCACAACAAUCCGUGGCGAACCUGGUCCUACCCCACUAGGCUACGGACCCCCAAUGACCGUGCGAUUUGCGUGGUCCUUCCAGGAGUGGGCUUCAAAGCCCGAAAACCAGAAAGCAUGGGAGGAGAUCAUGAAGAAACAUAACCUCACCGACAACCCGUUCAAAGAUGUCAAAGCCGGGUUCGAAUUCGGAGACAUGGCAGCGAAUCCUUACGGCGUCCCGAGCAUGAACAAGGCGAGGUUUUUUGGUUGGAGCGGAUUCGUGGACACGCAUGAGAGUUUGUUCAUGGCGUACAGUGAGAUGAGCAAGAUUGGCAUGUUGCCACCACCUGUGGUUGACAAGGCCAAUCCGUUGAUCUGA